AUGUCUGAGAAAGUCCAGGGAAAAGCAUCUAAACUGUGGCUGCAGCAGCUGAAUGAGACGUUCCUGCAGACCGGUGUGUUUCCCAGCAGGUUUCUGUGGGGCGUUGGGACCGCGGCAUUCCCGACCGAAGGGUCCUGGGAUGCGGAUGGGAAAGGCGAGUCGGUUUGGGAUCGCUUUACUCGUCACUCGGAUCCAUCCAGCGAUAGCUACAUCCAAUGGGAGGAGGAUCUGGAGUCAGUUCAGUAUCUAGGUGUGAACUUCUACGCUUUUUCUUUAUCCUGGACACGGAUUUUUCCGGACGGAAACGCGAAGGCACAUCCCAACCCGGCCGGAGUGCAGCAUUACCGCCGCUUGAUCGGGAAGCUGAAGGAGCUUCAGGUGGAGCCGGUCGUGACUCUGUUUCACUGGGAUUUGCCGCAGGUCCUGCAGGAGCGCUUUGGAGGCUGGCUCAACCGAAGCACGGCAGAUGUUUUCGCAGAUUACGCCGCGUUUUGCUUCCGAACGUUCGGAGCUGAGGUCCGCUACUGGAUUACGAUGCAUAACCCGUUUCUCCUGGCCGUCCAGGGCUAUGGGACCGGCGCACACGCUCCCGGAGUGACCGGAGACCCCGCUGACCCCUUCAUCGCCGCACACAACCUCCUCAGGGCUCAUGCGAAAGCGUGGCAUGUUUACGACAAACACUUCAGACCCCAUCAGCACGGUAAAGUCUCCAUCACGCUCGGCUCUCAUUGGGUGGAGCCUCUUCACGCCCAGGCCACGCCCACCAAUCUGGAGCUCUGUCAGAAGGCCAUGGAGGCUGUGAUUGGCUGGUUCGCCGAGCCCAUAUAUGGAAGUGGAGACUACCCCGAGUCGCUGAAGGCCUCGCACCGCGGCGUAAUCCCAGAGUUCAGUGCGCAGGAGCGGCUCUGGAUGAAGGGCACCGCAGACUUCUUCUCUCUGGCCUUCGGGCGGGAGACCCAGAGGGUGGGCCAAGGAUUGGCCCGGUUCGGGCAGACAGUGAAGCUGGAUCUGAGGAGCGUUCUGGUCUGGGUCCAGCAGACGUACGGUGAUCCGCAGGUGCUGGUGGCAGAGAGCGGAUGGUUCUCUGACGCUUCUGUCGGAGUCGAGGACACUGUGGCCAUUUAUCUGAUGAAGAGGUUCAUCAUGCAAGUCAUGCAAGAUUACGCCGCGUUUUGCUUCCGAACGUUCGGAGCUGAGGUCCGCUACUGGAUUACGAUGCAUAACCCGUUUCUCCUGGCCGUCCAGGGCUAUGGGACCGGCGCACACGCUCCCGGAGUGACCGGAGACCCCGCUGACCCCUUCAUCGCCGCACACAACCUCCUCAGGGCUCAUGCGAAAGCGUGGCAUGUUUACGACAAACACUUCAGACCCCAUCAGCACGGUAAAGUCUCCAUCACGCUCGGCUCUCAUUGGGUGGAGCCUCUUCACGCCCAGGCCACGCCCACCAAUCUGGAGCUCUGUCAGAAGGCCAUGGAGGCUGUGAUUGGCUGGUUCGCCGAGCCCAUAUAUGGAAGUGGAGACUACCCCGAGUCGCUGAAGGCCUCGCACCGCGGCGUAAUCCCAGAGUUCAGUGCGCAGGAGCGGCUCUGGAUGAAGGGCACCGCAGACUUCUUCUCUCUGGCCUUCGGGCGGGAGACCCAGAGGGUGGGCCAAGGAUUGGCCCGGUUCGGGCAGACAGUGAAGCUGGAUCUGAGGAGCGUUCUGGUCUGGGUCCAGCAGACGUACGGUGAUCCGCAGGUGCUGGUGGCAGAGAGCGGAUGGUUCUCUGACGCUUCUGUCGGAGUCGAGGACACUGUGGCCAUUUAUCUGAUGAAGAGGUUCAUCAUGCAAGUGCAUCUGCGUCCGUUCUCGCCUCAGUUCACCGAUCCGCAGCUAUACCGCUGGAACGUCUCGGGCGACGGCGCUCUCACACGCGUGACGGAAGUCCUGCUCCACACGCAGCCGGCGCAGUGCACGGACUUCCUGUUCAUCCAGAAGCACCUCUUCCUGCUGGGGGUCACGGGGUCGUCACACUACCGCUUCGCUCUGGACUGGAUGCAGCUCGCGCCCGGCGGAGACCCGGAGAAGGUUCGGUUCUACCGGUGUGUGUUGAUGGAGCUCCAGCGCAGAGGAAUCCGGCCGGUCGUGACGCUGUAUCACCCCAGCUACCGCUCGCCCUCGCUGGGUUUGCCUGAACCGCUGCACGCUAAUGGCGGAUGGAGAAACGCUAGCGCCGUGGAGGCGUUCGUCAGCUAUGCCGUGUUUUGCUAUCGUGAAUUUGGGGCCUUGGUGUCGACGUGGAUCACCAUUAACGAGCCAAACCGGUUAAAUGAGGCGUAUGCCGAGGAAUGGCAAACAGUGACACGUCACUUGCAAUUAGCGCACGCGAAGGCGUGGCACAUUUACGAUGCGCAGUUUCGACGGAAACAGGGCGGGGCUGUUAGUUUGGCUCUCCAUGCGGAUUGGGUUGAACCAGCCAAUCCGUUUUUAGAAUCUCACAAAUCCGCCCAGCAACAGUUUUUGGAAUUCGAACUGGGUCGUUUUCUCGACCCUCUGAUUGGUGGAGGGAACGAGGGGCGUGGCAACACCUCCGACGAUGAGAGGGCGGAGCUUAAAGGGGCGCUGGAUUUCGUCGCUCUUAAUCACUUCACGACGCGUUUGGUGUUGCCAUGGAAACAACCGACGCCGCUGAACCAGGAGCACGGCUGCGCGCUGAUGACGGAUGCCACUUGGAAGGUGUCGCACCUGGGACAGGCUCUCGUGCCCUGGGGCCUCCGCAGGAUGCUGGGAUGGGUGAGGAAUCGCUAUGGCGACCGCCUCCCCAUCAUCAUCACGGCAACAGGGGUGGACGAUCAGGCGGUUCAUGAUGACCAGCUGAGACAGAGCUAUAUCAGGAGCUACCUGCAGGAGGCGCUGAAAGGUGAGCGGAGUCUGAAUAUUAGGGUUUUAGGACCCUAUUUUAAUGAUCUAAUGGUCUAA